GCCGCUCAUAAUUACAUAUUGCAGUAUCUGUAUCUUCUUCUCCGACCGCCAUGGCCGCCGCCGAGCCACGCUACCAGCACCGCCCCUACAACUACAAGACAAGCCAGCCGUCGCCGUCCUCCACCUUCCAAAUCCUCGCCGUCGUGACGCUCUUCCCCGUCGACGCCGUCCUCCUCUUUCUGGCCGGCCUGACCCUCGCCGGAACCCUAAUCGGGCUGGCCCUGACCACCCCGCUCUUCAUCGUGUUCAGCCCUAUUCUGGUCCCCGCCGCCCUGGCCCUGGCGGCGGCGGUGGCCGGAUUCCUGACGGCCGGCGCGUUCGGGCUGACGGCGCUGUCGUCGGUGACGUGGCUGAUGAACUACUUGAGGGAGAUGCGGCGAAGCUUGCCGGAGCAGCUGGAGCACGCCAGGUGGCGCGUGCAUGACGCGGCGGGGCACGUGGGGCAGAAGGCGCGUGAGGUUGGACACAAAACGCAGGAUGUUAUUAGACCUUCAGCUUAGCUUAAGUUUAGCUUAAGCCGUAUAUUAUCUGCUUUAUGAUGAUUAUUAUUAUUAUUCUUAUUAUUUGGUCGGUAUAUUUAUUUAUUAUUAUUGA